UAUCUGAGUGACUCUGGGUUUUGGUGUCUGCCUCCGAGCGCGCGUGCGCGUGCGUGUGUGUGUGUGUGUGUGUGUAUAUUGGAGGGAGGAAAGAGAUAAAGAGAGAGAGUAAGGGAGGGAGAGGCAAGCAGCGUUUUCUUCUCCCCCCUUUAGCUUCCCCGUCUCCCUGCUCCCUGUCACUCCAUCCUUCCUCCCCUCUCCUGGACCACCCUACAGCCCUGCUUUCAGCCGGACCGAGACCCCCCCCCCUACCACCCAGACCACCCCGGGACCCUUUGACUCUCCUCAUUUCUCCGUCCCACCAACCAAAACCUCUGAACAGGAAUUCCUCGCCUCUCCUCUCCUCUCCUCUCCCCCGGAGCGCUGUCUGUCAACAACUCAACUGCAAAUUAUCCGCUGAAUCCACUUCAACAACUAGUUUGGUCUAAUCCCUUUCUGCUGGGCCGGCGCAGCAAAGCCCAUCAGCCAGACGUCUGGUCUCCCCAUUCUGCUGGAAGGCUGCCAGCCACAGGUCACAUGACCUGGAAGAAAAAACCUGGGAGACUUUUGGGAUCCCUCUUCGUUUUCUUUGGGCUUCAGCAUGGGCUGGUUAUCAACCUGAAGGGAAGUCUAAAGGCUGAUGAACUGGUCUGUGUGCGUGUGAGACCACAUUGCUCUGGUGCCCUGUAUGCCCUGGGAACACAGCACCCAGCGCAAAUCUGGAGGUUGGAAGCAUAAUUGGAAAGAAAGGGGAAACAGUAAAAAAGAUGCGAGAAGAGAGCGGAGCACGAAUCAAUAUUUCUGAAGGCAACUGUCCAGAGAGGAUUGUCACCAUCACUGGACCAACAGACACCAUCUUCAAGGCAUUUGCUAUGAUUGCCUACAAAUUCGAGGAGGAUAUAAUCAAUUCCAUGAGCAACAGCCCAGCAACCAGCAAGCCCCCAGUCACCUUAAGGCUUGUGGUGCCGGCCAGUCAGUGUGGCUCCCUCAUAGGUAAAGGAGGCUCCAAGAUAAAAGAAAUGAGAGAGUCCACAGGGGCCCAGGUCCAGGUGGCAGGGGACAUGCUGCCCAACUCCACAGAACGUGCAGUGACAAUCUCUGGGACCCCAGAAGCCAUCAUCCAGUGUGUCAAACAAAUCUGUGUGGUCAUGCUGGAGUCUCCACCAAAAGGUGCCACCAUCCCUUAUCGCCCAAAGCCCGCCUCCACACCAGUCAUUUUUUCUGGUGGCCAGGCCUACACAAUUCAGGGACAAUAUGCCAUACCACAUCCAGAUCAGUUGACCAAGCUCCACCAGUUGGCUAUGCAGCAAACCCCCUUUACCCCUCUCGGACAGACCACCCCUGCUUUCCCUGGUUUGGAUGCCAGUCCACCAGCCAGCACCCAUGAACUCACCAUUCCCAAUGAUCUAAUAGGCUGCAUCAUUGGACGCCAGGGAACCAAAAUAAAUGAGAUUCGACAGAUGUCUGGAGCGCAGAUCAAAAUUGCGAAUGCCAUGGAGGGCUCGUCAGAGCGCCAGAUCACCAUCACAGGGACUCCUGCUAAUAUCAGCCUAGCCCAGUAUCUCAUCAAUGCCAGGUUCAGGGACGUGGCUGCCAUGUGGAAUGACCCCUCAUCCAUGACUACAUCCUGAAGUCACCCCCAAAUCUGCUUCACAAUUAACCUCUUUGUGUUAUCCCAUGGAACUUCCCCUCGACUCCCUUGGUUUUGCAAAACACUUUAGCAUUAGCCUGUUGGAGACCUACAGUAAAAAACACUGGGAUUUGUUUUAAAUGGAUUGUAGCCAGUGUGUCGUUAAGAAUAAUUUGCCAUUUUGGGAUGUUCAGUUAUUAUUAUUGUUAUCUUUGCUUAGGUUUAAAUAAGAAGAUCAAUACCACGCUCAUGUCUGUUAGCUAAAUAUGAAGCUGGAUCUAGCUUGGCUUAGCUGGCUGGAAAAAGCUAGCCUGGCUCUAUCCUAUCUAUCUAAAGAUCACUAAUUAACAUAAUUGCCUGGCAACCUCACUUGGACAUCAAGGCUCCAGGAAGUCACUGUAGUUUGGCACAUAACGCUCCUGUGCAAACCUUAACAUUUCAUUUUUACACUUCAGCGUUUGAAUGAAAUAAAGGUUCUCUAUACAGUUUUCAGAACAUUAAAUAUAGCAGAUAACUGAGCUUCUCCGUGCUUUGUUGACAUAGUCUGGCCGUCCGCGCAUUCCUUUUAGGAAAUGCUAUUUCAUGUGAGCGUGCCUAGUGGCUACCUCAUGGCUGCCGCUCUGCACUGUGCUCAUAGGACGGUUAUAGCUGAUAACGUUGUCCCGACCAACAACAUUGUUGCAGAAGCGCACCGGCCACCCUCCGGAUACCACUGUUAGCUCUGUAAACACUGUUGCCGUUGAUUGUACUAUUAGCGCUGUUGGCACUCUUAGCUUAGUUUGUUUUUUACCUUUAAAAACAAACAUAACGUGAUGUAUUAGCGAGUUGUAAAAGGUGCUAGAAUGCAGAUUCUGCCACCAUAAGAAAAAGCCACGCUGGCUAGCUGUCUACCCCUAUUUCCAGGUUUUAAGCCAUGCUUAGCUAAGCUAACCAUCGCUUGGCUUUAGCGUACAGACAUACGAGUGGUAUUCUCAUCUUACUGUAAGAAAAGGGACUAAGCGCAUUUCCCAAAAUGUCAAAUUAUUCCUUUUAGUAGACUCUUUAUUUAGCAUGCAUCAUGUCAAUAAUAAUAUUGUAUUUCUUUCUGUCAUUACUAUAUUAGAUCCAUUUCCCUAUUUAGUCGAAUUUAUGUCAUUGUCCGGAAAGAGUAAAAUUUAUAAAAAAUGUAAAAUGAACAAAAAAGCUAAGAAAAAAAAGACAAAAAACAUAACUGCCACUUGAGCAAUGUUGUUAGAAAGAAAUAGGUUGUGAUGCCUCUGUCAGGGAAUGCAGCAAUUUCUACAAAUCUCAUGACACCACCAUUCUUUUCUAUCCACUGCAUGGCUUCAUGAAGGUGGUUAGUGUUGCAUAGUUAUGUUACCAUAUUUUUUUAGAAGCUUUAUGGGAAAAGGUACAAUGAAAAAUAUGGUAUCAAAUCUGUGCUCGAGUUUUUGCUGGCACCAGUUUUUUGUUUUGUUUUCCACAAAGCCAGCCAUAGCAGCAUAACUUUCACUUUCAAGCGAAAGUUUCUUCUUUCACAGCUGUUUCAUUUUCUCUGUCUGCCUCCCCACCUUCCCCCCCCCCCCCCUCCUCCACCUUCCCUGAACUGUUCUAGGCUGACGUCUGAAGUCACUGGAAUGGGCACACUCUAAUUUCUACCCAUCUUCCCUCAGUGCAUCACAUGACCCUUUGAGUGAAUGGCAUUGCACCUAGUAUAUUUAUUUAUCUGUAUUUUAUUGUCCUGAUAUUUAAGUGAUUGAUGAUUUCUCGUAUUUACUGUAAACAUGUGUAUCUGCACUGUUGCUAGGAUGCCUCACUCCUCUGUCCUUGAUGUUUCUGUUACUGAAAGGUCGCCUUACUUUUCUGACACUCUAGUACCUUUCAUGGUAUCUCACGCACUGCGCCGCUUCGUUUUACCUCAUGUUUUAACACGUCACUGCACUUUUCUUUCUUGCACUGGAGGCAGCCGAAAAUAAAUACAAUGUAAACCUAAAGAAUACUAUAGCAAUUCAAACCAAGCUUGUCUCUCAUGCACCCCACAUUCUAUUCAAUAUAUUAACACAAUAUAUUGACACAUAUUUAUUCCAUAUUCACAAAACUACCAUACCAUUGUCAAUGCAUAACUGAACAAAAAAGGUAAAGUUAAAGUUGCCUGAUGUCUGAGUUUUACACUAUAGAUUUAUCUGCAUGACACACUACUGCACUUCCAAAUUAUUUCAAAAUCAAACAGGUGGAAAGGAAGACUGAAUGGUGAAAGGGAAUGGAACAUGAUCUGGAUGUGUCACACUGACUCCAAUUUAAAAUGACCUCAUGGGUACAGGCCAAAAAACAUCCACUGUAAUGCACAAAUAUCCGUCUUUCCGAGUUUCCUAUGAGACCUGACGAAAAGGUUGGGUGGACAAAUGAAAAUAGGCAAAAAACUUUACAGUGAAGAGUGAAAUCUAAGUGCAUGCUACAAAUAAACCCUACUGUAUUCACCUAUACGGCACAAACAUAAUGUAAUCAUGUUAUUCGUGCUGCCAUCUAUGUAUGAGAGUCAUGGGCUGGUUUGGUAAGCAACAAGCAAGCGUUUCUGGUUUGCAUGUAUGAAACAUUAGAGAAAUAUUUUCAAUACAUAUGUACCUACAAUGAAUCAAUUGUUACAUCAGCCAAUCAAUGUACAUACAGUCAAGGCUUACAUAUACAUUUAUGACUCUUAAUGAAUACAGUAUCUCCUUGGUUACACCACGCUGCAUAUCUGUUUCAGCUGUUGGAUUUUGUUACUAACACACACACACCCAACCUGUGUCCAUGUUCAAACUAAAGCUGAAUGUAUUUCAAAAUCUCUUUCAACUGCUGUCAAUUACAUGUUGAAACAAAUUUAAAGGUUUCAUUUUAAAUCAGGCUACCUACCUUUGUGCAGUAGCAUAUGAGGCAGAAUGAUUAUUAAUUUCUGUGAUGUAAGACAACAAAUAUAAACAAAGACCUUUCUGUAUGUUCUGCAAAGAAUGAAUGGCCUCAUUGGUAUCUGCAGCUCUCAUUGCAAAAUGUAGGCUAUAAGAUAAAAUAAUGAUAUCUAUAUCUAUCACUUCAUAGUCAAACUGGACACUCCUGCAAGUAAUAUGAUGUCAAUCUCAUGACUGCGUUUCAUGGAUGGCAGGUUAGCUUCUAUUUAUAAGCCACCGUAUUAUAAUAUAAUUAUACAUUUUACUCCCAAAGCCUGGAUAUGCAUUACUCCGAUGAUAACUAUAGAAAUUAUGUUUGGAGAAUAUGAUUUGCGUCAUUGCAGUUUAGGCUCAGGUACUUUUGAGAAUCGAUAAUACAUCGGUUUCGAGUCAGUAAUAUAUUGAUGUUGUUGAAACUCGGCUGCUUUACAUUUACACAUUGCUUCACAUUUACAUUACGAAUGUAAAUCUGUAGCUCUGCAUCCACAUGUGUUUCAGAUGGAAACUGAGGAAUAGCUAACUGAGGGCUACCUGGUUUUUAAUGUUUAAUUUACAAAUGUCCUAUCAUCUGCAGAACCUCAUCAUUAAAGUAGUUUAACUUUUUUCUGUAAAGUUCACAUUAAUGGUUGUGUGCGUAGAUUCAAGGUGCCUGCUGGUUGUGUGCAGACAGGGCAGCCAUGAUGCAGUUAUGUUACUUUACAGUAGGACACAUUUGCAAACGUCUAAGUUGCCUUUUUGAUUUUCAUGAGUUUCAUAAUCAUGGCAUCGCUCAUGUGCUCAUCAUUCUACAAUGCGGUGUUGGUCAAACACGUCUUGCUGUGUUGCUUUUGUCAUUUUACAUUUUGUCAUGUGCUAGAGCAGCAAAAAAUAAAGGCUAUAGCGUUAUAUGAUGCUGUUUGAGGAAAUGUGUUUGAUCAUGUUUAGGUUUAAUCAUUUGCUUCUUGAAGGACCGUAUUUGAUUUAUUAUUUAUUGAGGUUGAUUAUGAAAAUGUUUUGUAAAAAGAA